AUGGCGUCUUCAGUGCUGAGCCUUCUCGAUCGAAGCCCAGACGACCCCGUCGCCACUCAGCUCCUUGCCACUCUUGCAAGCAGUAGUAACAGCAGCAGUAGCAGCACCACAGGCAGCAGCACAAGUAGCGGCAGCGCCAGCAGCAGCAGCAGCAGCAGCAGCAGCAGCAGCAGCGGCAGCGCAGGGGGUGCGAGCAGCCCCCUGGAGGCGGAGAGGAAGGCGUUUCCAGCGGUGAAGGGGCGAGCGGCGUGCGAGUAUGUGAACUACAAGGCGAUGGGGCUGUCGCUGUGUGUGGAGGACGGGAAGGUAGCGGCCGUGCACGUGUACAGUGACGUGCAUGGAUACAAGGCGUUUGCUGGGACCCUCCCCUUCGGACUUAAGGUGAGCAUGAAAGCCAAGGAGGUGGUGGCAGCGCUGGGGGAACCAGUCGUGAAAGCGGGGGGGGGCAGCAGUGGGGCGGUGACGGUGAUAUACUCGCAACUGAAGCCGGCGUUGCAGCGAGAUAUUGGGCUGCAGGUCACGUUCGUGGGGCGCAGCUGGGAAGAUGCUGACAAUGCUAUAGACUGCAUCACUCUGUAUUUUGCAACGGACAAGUCAUGA